AUCAAGAAUUCCCACAUGUUGAGGGAGAAGUUGUGGGACUACCCGCGGCAUGUCCAGGGAGGCGAUCCUGAUAUUGUUCACCGUGGCCACUGACAUGAAUAGGACGGACAGGGCGAAGAAGUCUAUGGAGUUGGCGCCGGACUCCUUCAAGGCGUUGAAGGGGUAUUCCGAGGCCAUGUCGUUCAUGAGGCACGUCAUGGUCGACUUCCCGGAGGAGGAGGAGGAGGGCACCUUCGCCCUGAUACACCUCCCAGUCACCAACCCGGGGCUCACGUUGUUGUGCUGGGCCUUCACGAGGGACGACAAGGAGAGGACGGUGGACAACCUACUGAAGCAGCAGGUGGCGACCCAGCUCUUCCUGGAGGACCGCGUCCAGGACAGGCAGAAGGCGUUCAUGGUGGAGUUCGGGACCAACGUGGCCACCAGCUCCAGGAGGGGGACCUCCCACAACGACUGGUUCCUGAAGAGGAGGUCGGAGCUCGGUAACACGGCCUUUGACGAGGGCAUCUACAACAACCAGAAGCGGGACAAGUACAUGCUGAUCUACCCCAUCACUUGCGAGGAGUUCAAGCCCACCGACAAGAAGGUUGGGUACACCCAGGAGGACCUCAAGAAGUGGUUGAAGGAAGUCAAGAACAAGGAGAACCGCGAAUGUAACGCUUCCGUGAAACGUGGAAAGUGCGAGCGUGGUCCCCAUCAACGUGCAGAAGGUGCACCGAGGGCGCCGGCAGGCGAACGAGUGGUGGGUGCUUGCGCAUUGCAAGUCCUGACGAUGGACCAAGAGCUCCCGGGUGGUGCAAAGACAUUACCGGCAUUGGAGAGAAACACGGUGGUCGCAGCUGUGUUAGUCGUUGCCAUGCGUUAUCGUAUUGAGAGAACGACAACUCGCCUGAGGAUGAGAUUGUCCGUUCGCAAGCAGAGGCAGCUGAUGCAACAAGUGAUGGAUGCACCAGAUUGUGUGCCGUUAUCGGAAUCCAUUGUGCAAUUCUGCUGCACCAUGGCAUCGGGUGUGAUCCCGCGGGCGACGCCGAGAUGGUGGAUGAGGAGAAGGAUGGGAGGGACAUGGGAGGAUCUCCGACAAGUUGACGAUGUGGCGGGGGCCUUACUACAAGGAGAAGCUACGCAGUGGAGUAGUCAAUGGUGCCCGUCGGCUGUCUGCUGGAGGUUUCCCGCCUGUCCAUCAUCGUCUUCCUUACCGUUCAUCGUUUCUGUCUGCCAGGACCCCGCACAACGACGCACACGUGGAACAACACGGCAAGGAGCGGGAGAAGAGUGGCCAGCAGGACGAACGGGAGCCGCCGGAGGACAUCUGCCAUGAAUCCCAGCAUGCGAGGCGUGUACCAAACAAAGCUUGCACCAAUGC